CCCUCCACUACUCUCCCAUCAGUUUAUAAACAAGCAAAGGUGGUGCCAGUGAUUUAGCAAGCACAAUCCCAACUUCCCACAACGAAAAAGGGGUUCGACGGAUGUAAUUUUCGCCGGAAAAAGAUAACGAGAAUGAUGAUCGGAGAAACUCACCGACCUCAUCCGAUGGUUCAUAUUCCUCCGUGGCCAGUUUCCGACGACCACACUGCGACGGAGAUGUAUUCUCCAGCGAUCGGAAGCCCUGACGGGAACAUGCUCGAGGCUUUGGCGGCGCUGCAGCGUUAUCUGCCGUCGAACGAACCGGAUCCUGACUACGAUCCGGAUUUCUCGGGUCCGGAUUCUCCCGUCGACGCCUACUCCUGUGACCAUUUCCGCAUGUACGAGUUCAAGGUGCGUCGUUGCGCGCGCGGUCGGAGCCAUGACUGGACCGAGUGUCCGUACGCUCAUCCCGGCGAGAAAGCUCGACGCAGAGAUCCGAGGAAGUACCAUUACUCCGGCACGGCGUGUCCGGAUUUCAGGAAGGGAGGUUGCCGGAAAGGUGAUUCGUGCGAGUUCGCUCAUGGAGUCUUCGAGUGUUGGCUUCACCCGGCUCGUUACCGGACUCAGCCUUGCAAGGACGGCGUGAACUGCCGCCGGAGAGUCUGCUUCUUCGCUCACUCGCCGGACCAGCUCCGGAUUCUGCCGCAGCAGAGCCCAGAUCGGGUCGAUUGCUUUGAUGGGUCGUCGCCGAUUCGUCACUCCUGCGCGAUGCCUUUCCAGUUCUCUCUCUCUCCGGUUUCUGGAUCUCCGCCGGUGAGUCCGCGUGCCGACUCGGAGUCGACUCAGUCUCUGAGCCGUUCGUUUGGGUCGAGCUCGGUGAACGACGUGGUCGCGUCGCUGAGGAACUUGCAGCUGAACAAGGUAAAGUCCCUUCCCUCGUCUUGGAGCACGCAGAUGCGUUGUUACCCGUCCGGGUUCGGGUCACCACGUGGAUCGGUCCUCGGUCCCGGUGUUCGGAGCCUACCGACGACCCCGACCCGACCCGGGAUCGGGUAUUUAGACAUAUGGGACAAGGGCUUGGAGGAGGAGCCGGCGAUGGAGAGGGUGGAGUCGGGUCGUGAACUGCGGGCGAGGAUGUUCGAGAGACUGAGCAAAGAGAAUUGCAUGGAACGGGUCGACCCGGAUCCGGAUCAGAAUCCAGGUGAGGCCCCAGAUGUCGGGUGGGUCUCGGAGCUGGUGAAGUAGAGAAUCUGGAUCCGACUGAGGGAAGAGCCAUGGAUCGUCUCUGAUAUGAUAACAAAUUAUGGAAAUGAUUUUAAUGAUUUAUCAUUAUGACGGGUUUU